AAUUUAACUCAAGAUUUAUCUAAUUUUAUGUCUCCUCCUUAAAAGAAGGAAGUUCUACUUUUCCUAUACAUUAGUGAUACAUCUGCUUAAAAUACGAACUUCGUCAAUCUUACCGCUUUGUACUGUCGGUCUUUCUGUAGUCAGUGAAAUUCCCGUAGGUCACUUGUUUAGUGAAACCAUGACUUGACAACAGCUUCAUCUCUUGCCUACAUAGUUCUUCUGAGCAGGGCAGAGUGUUCCGGAGGCGAGCGGCCGGUGGUGGCAUGCGUCUGGGCAGCAGCUGGAGGUGGCAGCUCUCCCGGGCCAUGCGACUGGCGCUGCGCUUGCGCCGGCUUUGCCGCCCGCAGGAAGGAGGAGGUCGGGUCGGGGUCAGGUUGUCGGCGGCGUGGAGGUACGGCAAGCUGCUGCUUCGCUCCCUUUACUACAACAGCCUCACCAACUCGGACACACUGCUGGACUGCGCAUUCGAGCCGGUCUACUGGAUCGUGGACAAUGUCACCCGGUGGUUUGGAGUGGUGUUUGUGUGCCUGGUGGUCCUACUGACGUCCUCUGUGGUCAUCAUCGUCUACCUGUUUGUCUUACCAACCAUCUUCUCCUCGUACCCCGCUCACUGGAUCGCCUGGCAUCUCUGCUGCGGCCACUGGCUGCUCAUCCUGGUGGUCUUCCACUACUACAAGGCCACCACCACCUCCCCUGGACACCCACCCAAGGACAAACGCGACGUUCCGUCUGUUUCCAUCUGCAAGAAAUGCAUCACCCCCAAACCGCCGAGGACGCACCACUGCAGCAUCUGCAGCCUGUGCGUCCUGAAGAUGGACCACCACUGUCCCUGGCUGAACAACUGUGUCGGCCACCUGAACCAUCGCUACUUCUUCUCCUUCUGCCUCUACAUGACCCUGGGCUGCGUCUACUGCAGCAUCAGCAGCAGGAACCUGUUUCUGGACGCCUACAGCGCUAUAGAGACUUCCUUUCAGACUCCGCCUCCAGACGUGAGCCCCAGAGAGAGCGUUGGCCAUAAGUGCAUCAUCUUCCUCUGGGUCCUGACCAGUUCGGUGGCAGUGGCGCUGGGCGGACUGACCCUGUGGCACGCCAAGCUGAUCAGCAGAGGAGAGACCAGCGUGGAGCGCCACAUCAACCGCAAGGAGGCCAGGCGGCUGCAGGGCAACGGCAAGGUGUUCAGAAACCCGUACCAUCAUGGCCGCCUGAACAACUGGAAGUUGUUCUUUGGAGUGGAAACAAGGAGUCACUGGCUGACCCGGGUCCUGCUGCCCUCCAGCCAUCUGCCCAGCGGGGACGGCCUCAUGUGGGACCGGCCCUCCACCAGCAGCGACCCCAUGACCAUCUGACCUCUCUGCUCCCCUCACAUCGGACAGCGGAGGAGGAGCUGUGCUCUGAUGCAUUCUGGGAACUGAACAUGACUCAACUUGAAAUGUUUUGGUUGCUGCAGAUCCAAGCGUUGAGUCACUUUGAUGAUUUUUAAUAUUUGUUUACAACUUUCCACGUUACGUUUUGAGAGAGAGGAGGUUGGGGUUACAUUCAGCACUACUGACUUGAUGUGUCCUGGUGCCAAAGAAAGGAAAACAUGAUGAACUCACUUUCUUUCCUUCCAGCUUUUUUUUUUUUAACCAAGUCUUUUUUUGCUCCUUUGGUUUUGUAAACGAGGCAGUUUCUAUUAGCAAAUGAUGCACUGUGAAAUAUUUCCAUUAAGACAUUUUUAUUUCAAUUUUCUAUUUGAAUGUUUGUGACGAGAUUCUGAUGUAAUCAGUAACCAAUAGGAGCUGUGCUCCACUUCCUGUUUCUUUUUUUUUUUUUUUAAUAAAACAAGUUUUGUUAUUUUCUGCUA